AUGAGCGGCGACAAGGUCGGCAGGAGGCGCCGCUCCUCCAGUCUGAUGUACACGGAGCCCCCGGAGUCGCUGGAGCACAUCAGCGACCAGGCCGCCCUGCCCAACCUCAACGCCGAAUGGGUCAAUGCAAAGGGCGCCUGGGUCAUCCACUUCGUCCUCAUCAUCUGCCUCAAGAUCCUCUUCGACAUCAUCCCGGGCGUGUCGCAGGAGACGUCGUGGACCCUGACCAACAUCUCGUACAUGUUUGGCUCGUACCUCAUGUUCCACUGGGUGCGCGGCGUGCCCUUUGACUUCAACGCCGGCGCCUACGACAACCUCAACAUGUGGGAGCAGAUUGACAACGGAGACCAGUACACGCCGGCCAAGAAGUUCCUCGUCAGCGUGCCCAUCUUCCUCUUCCUGAUAAGCACUCACUACACCCACUACGACCUGACCUUUUUCCUUAUUAACUUCAUGGCGACCAUUGCCGUCGUGAUACCCAAACUCCCGUUUACGCACCGCCUGCGGUUGGGCCUCUUCUCUGGCCCGCCCGACGAGAGCUAG